CCACCUCUUCCUAGAAAAUGCCACAGUUAAUACAAAAAGGAAAAAGAACAACUGAUACAAAGACUCUGAGCGAGGGAAGAAGAAGGAAGCUUUGUCCUCACCAAGCAAGAAGAGCAUGGCUUUAGCCUCCCCUCAGCAUGCCUUCCUCACAGGCAACCCCCGCUUCUCAAUUCCCAAGCCCACAAGGAGGUCACUUCCACCCCCACUGCUCUCAUUCCGGUCUUCCAUGGAAAAAGAAUCAGGCUCAUCAUCCGGCAGAGGUGAGACAAAGUUGGCUAAACUGGCUAUUGUCACCUUGGCAGCUGGUGUCCUCACUCUUGGGUCCGUCCAUGAUGCCAUGGCCGCCAAGUCCGGUGGCAGAGUUGGAGGUCAGGCCUUCCGGUCAGCUGCACCAAGGUCAUCAGGACCGCGAAUCAACAAUUCAAGGACUAAUGUAUUCAUCAACCCACCACUGGCACCGCCUCUUAUUGGAGGGUAUGGCUAUGGGGUACCAUUCUACGGUGGAUGGGGCUGGUCUCCUUUCACAUUCUUUGCACCGGGCCCCAGCGUUGCAGUAGGUAUUGGAGGAGGGUUUGAUGUAUUUGCUGCAUUCAUAGUUCUUGGAGUGAUUGCAGCUGUUAUCAGAAGAUUUACAGGGCGUGGAGAAGAUGACGAGGAUGACUACUGAUGCUAUGCCAUCAUCUGUAUAGCUACAUCUGUAUCUAAGUGACACCAAACUACUCCUUUUUCGUAUUCAUGACUACUAUCUUUAUUCCUGAAAAAUGUAUUCUAAGAGAGAGAAACAGUACAUAUAUAAUUUUAUCUUGUUGCAAUUAUAACAUGUAUCUAUCUCA